AUGCCGUACGAAGUCGGGACUCGCUGCUGGUAUCCCAGCAAAGAUCAAGGAUGGAUCGGUGCUGAAGUUACUAAACAUACCUUGCAGGGAGAUUCCUAUAAUUUGGAAUUGACUUUGGAGGAUGGACAGAAAGUAGAGCUUUUAGUGUCUUCUUUAGAUGAAACCAAAGAGCCUAGUUUACCCCUACUUAGGAACCCUCCAAUCCUUGAGACUACGGAGGAUUUGACGUCAUUGUCAUAUUUGAAUGAACCGGCAGUUUUACAUGCUAUUAAGGCCAGAUAUGCCCAGUUGAAUAUCUAUACUUAUUCAGGGAUCGUGCUCAUUGCCACAAAUCCCUUUGAUCGUGUGGAUCAACUAUAUUCUCAGGAGAUGAUCCAGGCAUAUGCAGGGAAACUUAGAGGUGAAUUGGAACCACAUCUUUUUGCUAUCGCAGAGGAAGCGUAUAGGUUGAUGAAGACAACAGAUCAGAACCAAACAAUCAUCGUUUCUGGUGAAUCCGGUGCAGGUAAGACUGUUUCGGCUAAAUAUAUUAUGAGAUAUUUCGCUAGUGUGGAAGAAAAUAAUGAGGAAAACGCACAUCAUAAUUUGGAAAUGUCUGAAACUGAAAAGAAGAUAUUGGCCACUAAUCCAAUCAUGGAAGCAUUCGGUAAUGCUAAGACUAUUAGGAAUGACAACUCUUCCAGAUUCGGUAAAUAUUUGGAAAUUCUCUUCGAUGACGAUACUUCAAUCAUUGGUGCCAGAGUGAGAACAUAUUUGUUGGAACGUUCUAGGUUGGUUUUCCAACCGAAAACUGAAAGGAAUUACCACAUUUUCUAUCAAAUAUUAUCAGGUUUAUCCGACGAUGAAAAAUCUCAGUUGAAACUUACAGACAUACAAGACUACCAUUAUAUGAAUCAGGGCGGUGACUCUCAUAUCGAAGGUGUCGAUGACGCCUCUGAAUACGGUGAUACUGUGGAAGCAUUGAGUUUGGUUGGUAUCUCAAAGGAUACUCAAUUCCAGCUGUUUAAAAUCUUGGCGGCCCUUCUUCAUAUUGGUAACAUCGAAGUUAAAAAGGUCAGAAAUGAUGCUUCUUUGUCAUCUGAUGAACCAAACCUACAAAUAGCGGCAGAUUUGUUAGGUAUAGACGCUUUUGAUUUCGCUAAAUGGGUAACGAAGAAACAGAUCGUUACCAGGUCUGAAAAGAUCGUCUCAUCCCUACCUUACCACCAAGCCAUAGUUUCUCGUGAUUCUGUGGCGAAAUUCAUAUAUUCAGCAUUAUUCGAUUGGUUAGUGGACAACAUAAACACCGUGCUAUGUAACCCUGAAGUGGUAAGCGAGAUAUAUACUUUUAUCGGUGUCUUGGAUAUCUAUGGUUUUGAACAUUUCCAAAAGAAUUCUUUCGAACAGUUCUGUAUCAAUUACGCUAACGAAAAGUUGCAACAAGAGUUCAACCAACAUGUUUUCAAACUAGAACAAGAGGAGUACGUAAAGGAACAGAUUGAAUGGUCGUUUAUCGAGUUCAACGAUAAUCAACCGUGUAUUGACUUAAUUGAGAACAAAGUUGGUAUUUUAUCAUUAUUAGACGAAGAAUCAAGAUUACCUGCUGGUACGGAUGAAGGAUGGACGCAUAAACUAUAUGAAACUUUGAAUAAACCUCCAACUAAUGAAGUAUUCUCCAAACCAAGAUUCGGCCAAACUCAAUUUAUUGUUAGCCAUUAUGCAUUGGACGUCACUUAUGAUGUAGACGGAUUUAUCGAAAAGAAUAGAGAUACAGUUUCUGAUGGACAUCUUGAAGUGUUAAAGGCUUCUAACAACGAAACUUUACUAUCUAUUUUGGAAACUGUUGACAAAAAUGCGGAAAAAUUGGCAGAGAAACAAGCCCAAAAGCAAGAAAGUCAAAAGAAACCCGGUCCAGCCUCAAGAAAAAUCGUAAGAAAACCAACUCUAGGAUCUAUGUUUAAACAAUCGUUGAUCGAUCUUAUGGAAACUAUCAACUCCACUAACGUUCACUACAUUCGUUGUAUCAAACCUAACGAAGACAAAGAAGCAUGGAAGUUUGACAAUCUUAUGGUUUUGUCACAGCUUAGAGCAUGUGGUGUCUUGGAAACAAUUAGAAUUUCUUGUGCAGGGUUCCCAUCGAGGUGGACAUACACAGAGUUUGCCCUCAGAUACCAUAUAUUAGUACCAUCAGAGCUUUGGUCAAAUAUUUUACUAUCGGAUCCAUCUGAAGAAGAUGUAAAGAACUUAUGUAAGGAGAUCCUGAAACGUACAAUGGAUGAUACUGCAAAGUAUCAGGCUGGUAAUACAAAAAUUUUCUUCAAAGCUGGUAUGCUAGCACAUUUGGAAAAGCUAAGAACCGAUAAGUUAUUCUCAUCCUCUGUCAUGAUCCAGAAAAAAAUUAAGGGUCUUCACUAUCGUAAAACAUAUCUACGGACUGUCGAUGCAAUCAAAAGGCUACAGGCAAACGUUAGUGGUAAGAUCAUAAGAUUAAGAACUGAGAACGAAUUCAAGAAUAAUGCAGCUCUAUUGAUUCAAAGUGCCUAUAGAGGUAUUUCUGUGAGGGAUAACGUUUCCAGUAUAAUCAUCAGCAUCAUUAGAAUUCAAUCCAUGGCUAGAAAGCAAAUUACCUGUAAAGAGUUAUUGGAAAGGCGCAGAGGCGAUGCCGCUGUUACGAUUCAAAAGAGCGUAAGAUCUUUCCAACCAAGAAAAAGUUUCCUACAUGAGAAGAAGGGCACCGUGGUCAUCCAAUCUUUCAUUAGAAAGCACUAUGCUCAAAGAAAGUUAAAACAACUAAAAUCGGAAGCCAAAUCCGUUAAUCACCUACAGGAAGUCAGUUAUAAACUUGAAAACAAGGUCAUUGAAUUGACGGAAUCUCUUGCUUCUAAGGUAAAGGAAAAUAAGGAACUUGUUUCACGUUUGGAAAACUUGCAAAAAUCUCUAAACGAAUCUGAAAACAUUAAAAGCUCUUUGGAGGAAGAAAAGGAAGGUCAUACCAAGGCAUUGGCCGACCAAAAGAGUAUACACGAAGAAGAAUACGGAAAGGUUAACGACCAAUUGAUUGCUGCAAAAGAAGAAAUCAUCUCUGCAAAGGCAGAAGUUGACGAACUUCUCAACAAGCAGAAGAACUUGAAAGAUGAAAUUGCAUCCACUUUGGAAGAAUUAACAUCCGCGAGAGAUGAGCUUCUAACAUCUCAAUCAGAAAACGCCGAUCUAAAAAAAGAAGUUUUUUCUUUAAAGGAGGAAGUUGCACGUUUACAGUCCUCUAUGCGCUCUGGUGUAUAUGUAGGAGGAGGCAUCAACGCUACUCCGGUAAAAAACAGGCGCUUCUCGGCAAAUAGUACUUUGAAUGAUGGCUCUUCUCCAAAACAAUUGAAUGUUGUUUCCAUAAACAAUAACUUCAAUACUGAAGAUGUUUCAGCGUUAAUGUCUCAAAUUAAUGAUGAGCUAUACAAAAUGUUCGAAGAUUCGAGAUCCCUCAAUACUGAAAUCAUCGAGGGACUCUUGAAGGGUGGCAAAGUUCCUCCAACUGGUGUCUCUGUGAACUUGACAAGAAAAGAAGUUUUGUAUCCAUCAAGGGUUCUUAUUAUUAUUCUAAGUGAUAUGUGGAGAUUGGGUUUAACCUCGCAAAGUGAAACUUUCUUAGCUGAAGUUUUAGAUGCCAUACAAAAGAUAAUCUCUAAUUUAAAGCCCGAUGUUAUGAUUGAACAUGGUGCUUUCUGGUAUACUAACGUCAGAGAACUACAUUCUUUUGUAGUAUAUGCAUAUGAGUCGAUAACUACCGAUGAAACGUACAAUAGUGGCAUGAAUGAAGAAGAAUACAAUCGUUAUGUCAACCUUGUUAAGGAACUAAAGGAUGAUUUCGAAGCUUUGAGCUUUAACGUCUACAAUCUAUGGAUGAAGAAGCUACGUAAAAACCUUGAAAAAAUUGCCGUUCCAGCAGUUGUUGUUUCACAGUCACUACCAGGGUUUGUUGUUCCUGAACCAUCUCAGUUCCUCCAGAAAUUCUUACAGAACAGCUCAACCUAUAAAAUGGAUGAUGUUUUAACAUUUUUCAACAAUAUUUAUUGGGCAAUGAAGUCGUACGAUAUUGAAAUGGAAGUCUUUGAAGACGUUAUCACGAACCUAUUAAAAUUACUGGAUGCUUUAUGCUUUAAUGAUUUGAUUCUAAGAAAGAAUUUCUUAUCGUGGAAACGUGGUUUGCAAUUAAAUUAUAAUGUCACAAGAAUCGAAGAAUGGUGUAAAAGCCACCACAUUUCUGAAGUAAGUGUAUGUCUUCAACAUAUUCUCCAAGCGGCAAAGUUACUACAGCUAAAAAAGCGUAUUGUUGCCGAUAUUGAUAUCAUCUGGGACAUCUGUAACUGCCUAAAACCUAUCCAAUUGAAGCAGCUUAUUACUCAAUAUUCUGUCGCAGACUAUGAGGAGCCAAUUGCUCCGGAAAUCUUGCAAUAUGUGGCUGAGAAAGUGAAGAAUGAUACAUCUAAAGCUGAAGUUGGGAACAAUGAUGUUUUCCUACCAGUUGAUAAUGGCCCAUUCGAGGACCCAUAUCAAAAGGUUGAAGUAAGAGCUUUCGGUAAGAUCGAAGCAUACAUUCCUGCAUGGUUGAACCUCCCAAUAACAAGAAGAAUCGUCGAGUUGGUUACUCAAUUUGUUGCUGUCCAAGAACAAGCAGAGUAA